UGGUGCAAUUAUCCAUUUAAAAAAACAAUAAAAAAACGAAAAGAACAUCCCAACACAUGCAUUGUGCCUGCCGUUUGGAUGUGUAAAGUGCCAGUUUCAUUUAUAAAACCAUGCAAAUCGUACGCUUAGCCACUCCAAUGGCCCAGUGAGCGCACAAACGCAACCCUCUCGCUCCGUUCUCUUCUGUUCCCUUCAUGUGUUUACCCUUUGUCUUGCGUUCUAUUUGCGUUUCGUGUUCGCUUCAACUUUAUUCAUUUGCAUAAAUCUCGUGGCGGUAGUAUUAUCUUUACGUCACACAGCCCACGACUGCGGAAUAAAAUCGCCUGAGACGAAGCUGAGACGUCACAUACACGCCCAUCCAGAUCCAGUAUCCCAGUCCCCAGUACCCAGGAAGCGUUGACCUGCCUUGACCAAUUGGUGGCGUCCCGGGCACAGCUGAGACAGCAGCAGCGCCGGAAUGUGGAAGUGCCACAAGUGCGGCAAACCCGUUUUCUUCGCGGAACGUAAACAGUCGCUCGGCUAUGAUUGGCAUCCGGAAUGUUUGCGCUGCGAGGAGUGCGGCAAGCGGCUAAAUCCCGGCCAGCACGCUGAGCACAAAGGUGUGCCUUAUUGUCAUGUGCCCUGCUAUGGAGCCUUGUUCGGACCCCAACUCUUUGGCCAUGGCACGAGGGUUGAGUCCCACAAGAGCUAUGGGAUCAAGGGAGCCCAGAAAUCCACUGGCGCUCAACCGAAUGGACCCACACUGCCGCGAGAUCACUUUGAGUCGAAGCUGAAGCUCUACAAUCAAUUCUACGACAAUAAAAGCCUCGAGAUACGUAGCCGUGAGGUCAAUAACCGCUUGAUAUUGGAGGGAGCCUUGCGUGUAUAUUGGGGAGUGCAGGGAGUAAUCCACCUGAAGGAAGACGAUGAUCAGCGCACAUUUGUGGUGCGCAAGAGAAACUCCUGUCGCAACUCCAAAGCGGAUGAGAGCAGUUCGGACAAAGAGAACGAGGCUAGCGAAUCGCUGGCAGCGCCGACAACCACUACCGCCGAGGUAGAUGCGCUCUCCACGGACGUGUCGCUGUCGGAGAGCAUGACCUUCGACUCGUGCAGCUUGAAUGAAAUAUCCGAACUGCCCACAACACCCGAAGAUGCCUCUGCCAAUACGACAGGGAACAGCAAAGAAGGGACAAAUGGUAAGGUCACAAACGACGACGAGGAUACAACCACGACGGACUCUUCAGGCACUCUGGUGGAGGGUGCGACGGCCAGCACCAGUUGUGUGUCCAGCACGCUGCCGUCAAAGCUCGACAAUCUGGAGAAGCUUGACUGGGAUGACAUUGACGAUCUGCUGCAGGUGGAAAGACGUCACAAUCACAAGGAUAAGAUCUAUGAAACGAUGCCGGUGAAGCUCCCUUCGUCGCAAUCCUCCAGCGACAGCUCGCCCAGCAAAACAUCCACUGACAACACUACGACCACCACAGACUCAAGCUCUACACCAUCAUCGACAACCAAUAACAGCAGCAGCACCACAGAUAACUUUAUGACAGCCACGGACUCGUUAACGACCAAUACAAACACCCAAAACACAACCACAGUGAGCACCACGGCCACCACGCUAGACAAUUACGAGACCGCUGACGAUGCUACCCUGAAACCGAUGGACUAUGAGGACUUUAAGCGUAGUGUACAUCAGGAUUAUGUCAAUGGAACGAACUCCUUCAAGGAGCCAAAUGAUGGGACACUGAAGCGCAAUCAGCCGAUAGAUCCCUCGCGCAUACACGACUCCCUUAAGCUUUACGGCGAGAACUCGGUGAUGAGCAAGAGCUUUAACUGCGAGCACGCACUGCGCUCACACAUUGAUCCAUCGCUCAUCAAUGACACCAUGAACCUGCGCAGCAGCGUGGACUCCCCACGGUCCGCCCAGCGCCAGUACGCACUGCAAAAGAGCGGAUCGGCGUCUGCAUCAACGGUGCCCACCAAGGAGCAGAGGAAACCAUAUCAGCAGGGUCGACAGCUCUUCGAAAAGGGCAUAAAUCGAUCCAAAUCUGGACCCAGUUGCUUUGUGUACUCGGACAGCGAUGACGACGAUGAUAAUACGCUUCGUCCCCAGCGCCUGGCCACCAUAAGACGCAGUGAUGUGCCUUCUCGUUUUAUUCAAAUCCAAAUGGACUGUUAUCCCAAAGAGAAUGCUGCUGGCGGUGGGUGCGGCAGCGAGGGAGAGUCGAGCCGUGCCGAUGCUCCGUCCAUAACCAGCGGAGCUGCUGCAGGGGAUGAAUUAACUCAAACGGAGGAGCUCUACACAGCGAGCGACGGGGCAGCUGGUGCUGGCGGGGAUGCACUUGGAACGUCUGGCUUACAUGUAACCGAGGAUGGAGUAGUGCUGAGGAGACCGCCGCGUACCGGAGCCGCAGCUAUCAAACGACGCAGCGGCAAUCGACGAUCUCGUACCAAACUGAAACGUCGGUGCUCCAUUAAUGGCCAUUAUUACAAUCGGGAGACUUCGUUCUUUACUCCCCCAUACGGCUCGCAGAUGUCUGUGUGGGUCUCAUCGAUGGUGACCACACCAGAGGUCAUCAAUUUGGUACUCGAAAAGUAUAAGGUGGAUAUGGCCCCAGAGAACUUUUCGCUCUUUAUUAUGCGCGACAAUGGGGAGCAGAAACGACUUAAGGACGAUGAAUAUCCUUUGGUGACGCGCGUCACCCUGGGACCGCACGAGGAUGUUGCUCGACUGUUUUUGGUGGAUACGCGCAAAACUGAUGAAAUCAGUAAUGAAGUUGCUCAAUUUUUGAAUCUAUCGCUGCCCGAAUGCCGUGCCAUUCUGGAGCGUUAUGAACAGGAAGUGGAUCGCGAGGUGGCCAAAAUAAAGGAAAGAUACGCCGAGCUGCGCCGCCGCAUUGUGAGCCGCAUGGAAUCUCUAAAAGUGCAUUUGUAAACGCAGAAUGAAUCUCCAAAAGUAAAGAACUUUUUUUUGAAUAGCCAUAAAUAUCAAUUCGGCCAAAAAAUAUUAAGCGUCGCCAGCAGCUAAGCCAAAAGUAUUCACUUUUUAUACAACAACAAGAAAAAACAUACGUAUACAUAAAUAUAUUUUGAUUUAGCAUUUAGAACAAAUUACGAAUUAGCAACAUUAGGCGCCCCAGUGAACAAAA